UACAUUUGUCAAAAACUCGGAAAAAUUAAAAUUUAGUCUUACAUUUGCCGACAACGAGAAAAAAUGAAACUUUUCUAAGCCAAAAAAGAGAAAAUUCGUUAUUUAUUGUUUUUUUGGUUAAGUUAAAUUUGAUCUCAAAAUGGAAUUGUUAAUUAAAUUAGCCGAAGAAGCAAGUGCGAAACCAGAACUGUCGGCCCCUAAGAAAUUGAGCACCUAUACAUCUGUUUAUAAAGUCGAUGGUUUACCCAUAUUGCCGCCCCUGAUGACACCAGAUAGACGUAUGGAGAUGAAUCAUCAUCGCCUCACGGCCUUGGGCAUUGAGAACUAUCUACUGGAUAAGACACAAAGGCUGCCGCUUUCCAUGCCAAAAUCAAUUGAUUGUCUAAAAAAUGGAUCUAGGGAUGUCAGCACAAAUACUGAUCUUCAGCCUCUUGUGGUUAUGGGUCGUUUCCGUCAGGAGUUGCAACAGUCUGAGACUUUGAUCUACGAUAACAGAUGCAAUGCCAUUAUCAAGCCAUUGAAAGUGAGGCGUGAAGUGAAAUCUUCUGCAAGUAGGAUAACGACCGCACGGCUGAUUAUAGAAGAGCAACCGAUGGCUUUAGCUCAAAUGGCUACUAUACAAUAUUCUCCACCACAGUUUUCCAUAAUGAAAACGUUGUGCCUUCCGCCCCCUUCGACUUCUCAGAGAGUCGCUCCCACAUCUUUAAAAAAUCCAAGACUGUCAUGUCAGAAAGUCAAUUCAGAGUAUAGAUCUAAAGCUGACCAAGGGCAGAAAAGUGGCAGCAUUUUGGACUUGCUUAAUGUGGCCAAGAAAAUGCAAAGGAAUAUGCUAAGCAAUGAAUUUCUGCAACGUUCUAAUACAAGUCCAAUACUAAAAAAUGGAUCAAAUUUAAAUAGAAUUCAAGGUGUCAAUCGCACCAAAUCGACGGAACGCCUUGACAAACUUCAUCCUCAACUCUGGCAGCGUGAUGCAACUAAAAAUUGUCUAAUUCCCAAAUCGCCUUCUAACGCUAGAGCCAUAGAGUCAUCCUUGCCUUCUUCCAUUGCUUCAUCUAGUACUAACGAUUUGACAAAACAGGAACAGGAGCACGAACAGGACUCUAUACCAGUGAAGAAAAUUAUGGUGAAACAAUGUAUGACCAAGGAACAACCACUAAGAUUUAGGAAGCCGAAACCAUCUGCAAGUAAGAAUUUGAUUUUGAAUUCAAAUUCAAACUCAAAUUCCAACUCUCAGAGGGUAGCGGCUUCUCCAAUCCAACAGAAUAGCCAUGGACCCAUGAACAGUGUUCAGAGGCGCUUAAAUUAUGACCCACGAGCCUCACUCAGGCGUAAUGCUCCGUCUAAGAGAAUGGAAGAGUCCACUGAGAACGAUGCUAAAGCUGGACCUAAGUUAGAACUUUCUCUACCACUAAAUGAUAUACAAGCAGACGGAGUUACAGAUAAGAUCCUCGAAAUGGAGCGCCAACAACGUCAACGUUUUCAAUUGUUAGUUGCCAAGCAGGCCAAUGAACAGAAGCGCCUGCAGGAUGAAUUUGAGAUGCAACAGCAGGCACUAAGGGAUCGAAUUCUAAAUGAUUUCAACUCAUUAGGCAUGGCAGACGAGGAUAUGGUUGAGGGGGAAGGAGGUUCCGAAAAUAACCACUGACAAACACUUGUCCUGUCCUUACCUGGGUGCAAAAAUUAAAUAAAGAUAUCAACUCAGCCAGCACCAUAAACUUGUUGCUCUGGCCGUGUAAUCUAAAAUGUCUCACUGUGUCGCCAAAUAUAGCCAAGCAACUCUAAUUAUGCCCAA